AUGUCCUCAGAGGUUGGUAUGGUGGGAAUAUCAGAGGCUGGCGGUGGUGUUUGUUCAGGUGGUGAACUAGGUUGUUGUUCAGAGGGUGAAGUUGCUGGUUGUUCAGGAGGUGGUGUUUGUGGUUAUUCAGAUGGUGGAUUUGCUAAUGGUGGAUUUGCUGGUUGUUCAGGGGGUGGAGUAGUGGCUUCUGGUUCAGGUGUAAAAGAUGACGGUGAGGUGGUUUCGUUCAGCAUUUCUGCUUCAGAAACGAGUAAGGUAGUGGUUAAGAGAUUGAAUUUUAGAGAUGGUGGGUUAGAGGGUUUGGUGGUGGAGGGUGGUGUUUCUGAUUGGGUGUAG